AUGGAUACCGAUAUCCUCCUCCAAUUCUUUGACCUGAUGGAUGAUCUCAGCAUAAACAUCGUCAUCACUCACUAUGGAGCAUCAUUCCAGCAACAUUACAUGAGAUAUGAAUCACUCAUAUUCAAACAAAUACAAAGGUUGGAGUGCGUUGUGCUACUUAAUGGUAUCAUCAAGUGUUUUGGAACAAACUACGAUGAACAUAAGGACAUUUACCAACCAAUCUUGGAGCGUAUCCAUCCAAUGAAGCCAUACCAGUUCUAUUCCGGACGGCCAAGAGCUUUGGGACUCACGACCAAAUGGACCAGCUCAUAG